GACCGCACACACCGCCAUGGCUCAAGGCUGCGUGGAGUCCGUCUGGCGGGAGCUGGACGCGCCGGACCUGGGCGGAGGCUGGGAACUCUUCCUGGACAUCGCUGGCAUUCACAUUCACCGCCUCUACCGCGAGGAAUCAUGCCUUUAUGAAUAUAAGAUCUGUGGAACCUUUUCAGAUUUUGGGCCAGAGUUGUUUGUGGAGGUGUACAUGGAUCUGGAGUACAGGAAGCAAUGGGAUAAUUAUGUGAAAGAGCUGUACGAGCUGGAGCAUGAGGGGCAGAAACUGAUUUACUGGGAGGUGAAAUACCCAUUCCUCUUGUCCAAUCGAGAUUAUGUGUAUGGGCGUGUGCGUCAGGAUUUAGAUAUCAAUGGACGAAAAAUUUGGGUGAUUAACUCAAAAUCACAAUGUGCGCCGGGAUUACCAGCCAAGUCUGGUAUCAUCAGAGUAGAGGAUUAUCAUCAAACCGUGGUUCUAGAGAACGAUGGUAAACAAGGCACUAGAGUGUUUCUGCAUUACUUUGAUAAUCCCGGAGGAAUGAUCCCAACAUUCCUCAUUAACUGGGCAGCAAAGAGCGGUGUGCCUUCCUUUCUGAAAGACAUGCAGAAAGCUUGUGCCGGCUACCCUGAAUACUGCAAGAAAUCUGGAAAGAAGUCAGCGUUCUGCUGAUUGAUGAAGGAAGUGAGGAACAUAACAUGCUCUGGGCUGCAUUGAACAUCACACCAGGCAGUCCCGUCAAUGAGUAGGUUAUUGAACAUUGCUCCAUACACUUUCCAAGGGAGAUUGGCUAGAGAUUCCACUCUGCUGUGCGGGAGGCAGGAGGGAGGAAUUGGCAUGAAUCUUAGCUUUUACUUGGACUUGGUGUAUUUCCCUGGCAGUAGUGUGAAUCUUUCCCAUUGUCCCAAGUUUGGUUGUGCACUGUAGGCCAGGCCUUGUGUGAAGUAAGUCCUUCCCUGGAUUUCAGACAGUUCCCCUUUUCUUUCAGCAGUUGCCUUUCACCUCCCUCCACACUGUUUCACACAGGGUUGGGUUCUGUGUUUGGAACUCCAGUGGCUAUUCUGGCUGGACAACAUUCAACUGUUCUUGCCGGGGUGUGGGCUGGAUGGAUGCAUCAUGGGGUAUGGACACCUUCUCUGAGUGACCAUCUCUCACCAGCUGCAGGGAUUGCAUCCAUUUUGGUGCAAAUCACAGUGCUGACGUCCCGGAACAUGUUCAUAAGUGAUAGGAGCUGAAUGAGGCCAUUCGGCCCAUCAAGUCUACUCCACCAUUCAAUCAUGGCUGAUCUAUCCCCAUUCUCCUGCCUUCUCCCCCAUAACCUCUGGCACCCGCACUAAUCAAGAAUAUAUCUAUCUCUGCCUUAAAUAUAUCCACAUAUAACCUCCACAGCCGUCUGUGUAAAUAAUCCCACAGAUUCACCACCCUCUGACUGCAGACGUAUUGAGAAUGUUUAAAUUUACCAUCAUGAAUGUUCAGUGCAGUAACUUAUUUAUUUGGCUUCCCUUAAUUUGCUCACCUCGACAGGUGAUCAUUGGCUGUGUCUGAACGAGGAUCCCUGGCUGACCUCUGGCCUUUCGCAGGUGGCCUUGUGUACUUGCCACCUUCACAGUUAUUAAUGUUUUCAGCCGUCAAUCUCAAUGUCCUGAUUGAUUAAAUACUUGUGGCGGGACGUGAGAUUGUGUUGCUGCA